UAUCUCAUGGACGGUAGUGGCGACGGUCCUGAGCAAGCUCCACUGUCGUCCUUACUAACGGCGAUUCGCAGAACUAGCAUUUGCGAUUGCGCAAUGGCGCCGUCAACUCCCGAAUUGGAGAGUACCCCAGAUCGCGCUUGCACGUCGCCAACUUCUAACCCUCAAGUUUGGGAAGCCUUGAUAAAGUCUCAACCCCGGUCUUUGAAAGUAUGCAAGCCUCACAGCCGAGUUUACCCGCCCGGAUUUCCUAUUCUUAGGCCUCGUCUCAUCUCUCAGAAUGGAACGCCUGCUGACAGCAUUGAGAAGAUCUCGAAACUGUACGUAUACGACAAAAAUAGAAGCUAUUUUGAGCAAUGUUUCCGAGAAGUACGAGUACUUGGAAGAGGAUUGUUUGGUGAAGCUUUGGAAGUUGAGUGCCUUGAGACGGGGAAUCACUACGCAGUCAAGAGAGCGCUUCGAACGUUUGAGUCAGCUGGUUGUCGACAGCAAAAACUUCGAGAGGCCACCAAUCACGGAGCGAUUGCCCCUCAUGUUAACAUUGUGAAGUUUGAAAAAGCAUGGGAAGAGAGAGGCCGACUCUACAUCCAAACGGAGCUCUGUGGAGCCAGUUUGGCAGAUUACCGUAGCAAAUUUGGAAUCCUUAGAGAAGACGAGCUGUGGAGAGUUCUGCACGAUAUGGUGCAGGCACUUCGUCAUAUGCAUGCGACCGGAAUGCUCCACAUGGAUGUCAAGCCCUCCAACAUAUUCAUUUCUGAUGACUCCACCUGCAAGCUGGGAGAUUUUGGACUUGCUUUUGACAUGAACAAGACUUCUCGAGAUACUGCUGAGGAAGGGGACAAAUAUUACAUGGCUCCGGAAAUUUUAAACGACUCGGCCACGCCGGCUGCUGAUGUGUAUAGUCUCGGCGUCACAUUGUUGGAGCUUGCCACUGAUGUGGACCUUCAUGAAGAGAGUCACCGAAUUCGGAACGGAGAGUUGAACGAUCUGCAUUUUGGAGAGAUUUCUGAUGAGUUGCGACGCAUGAUCUUGUCAUUGCUUUGCCCGGAUCCAGCAAAACGGCCCACUGCAAGUCAACUUGCGAAAAAUCCAUUCAUUGUGAGGAACACACGCAUUGCUGUCAUUUUCCGCCAUUUAGAUAGUGUGGUGAGUUCACCAUCGGGUCCCCUCGACAAAGAUUGGGAUUUCGAGUCUGAAGAUGAAAUUCAUCCUCCGUCAAUUCGCUUCUCAAAACCAAGAAGGUUGCUCAGGAAUUUGCUGAGGGAUGAUGUGUCCGACGCAGCAGAUGAUGUCAGGAUGAGCCUAAGUUUCCAAAGCUCAAGUGAUGACGAAUCGCCAAGCUGUCGCCCAGAUAAACUAGGGGACAGUCGACAACAGAAAGCUACUAAAAGAGAAAAAGUGCAUUUCACUGUCAAAAAACUCGUCUUUUCUGAUUCAUCCGACGUUUCUCCUGGUCCUGUCCCAAAACGUCUUCGCGAAGAGUUUACUUGAACCUUUGCUUUAUCACUUGCGUAUCUCUAGUGUCAUAUAUGAUGAAUCAAUUACUUCAAGUUUGCAACAUUUACGAUGAAAUGGCAAGGUGUUAUUUUGUCUACUUAAUGUAUAUAAUGUAUGUAUUUAUCUGCUACUGUGAUCUUACAGUUAUCAUCCAUCUGUGUAAAAUAAAUAUUUCACAUUUGAAGU